GUUAAGAAACGGCCGUCCGUUAACGGCGGCGGAGGGAUUCUCGCAAAAGAAGCCUCCGCGGAAGCGCAGGGAGGGAGUAAGCGGCGGCCGCCCGCACUCUUUGGCUGCCCUUCCCCCCCCAACACCUUCUUUCGCUUCCCCCUCCCCCUCGCGCCGCCUCACGCCGUGUUCGUCGCUCGCGGGCUCGGCGAGGCGCUGCCUAGUGGCCUCGGCUUUGCCUGCCUUGUGGAGAAGCUGCCAUUAAAAAGCGGGCGGGCGGCCAUCGCGGCAGUCGCCGCCGCAAGCGCCUCAGGUGGACCCACCCCCUCGGUCCCCUCCCCCCCGCCUGCCUGCCUUUUCGCUCGGUCUUUUCCUCGCCGCCUUCCCGUCCGUCAGGCAGGCAGAGAAUCCGCCCGCUGUGGGAUUACUCGCUCCUGCCUUUUCCCUUCCUUCCUUCCUCUCAUCCUUCCUUCCUCCCUUCCCUCUCUCUCUCUCUCCCUCCCGCCCGGGUUGCCCUGUCUUGUCGAGUCCCGGCUUCCUUCCCCUCACCCCCCCUUCCACCCGCCAGGCGCAAGCCGAAGAUGGCAGGCUGGCAGAGCUACGUGGAUAACCUGAUGUGCGAUGGUUGCUGCCAGGAGGCCGCCAUUGUCGGCUACUGUGACGCCAAGUACGUCUGGGCAGCGACGGCCGGGGGCAUCUUUCAGAGCAUUACGCCUCUAGAAAUAGAUAUGAUUGUAGGAAAAGACCGCGAAGGUUUCUUCACUAACGGUCUAACUCUUGGUGCAAAGAAGUGCUCUGUGAUCAGAGAUAGCCUCUACGUGGACGGUGACUGUACAAUGGACAUCAGGACAAAGAGCCAAGGUGGCGAGCCAACAUAUAAUGUUGCUGUAGGCAGAGCUGGUCGAGUCUUGGUCUUUGUAAUGGGCAAAGAAGGGGUCCAUGGAGGCGGAUUGAAUAAGAAGGCAUACUCAAUGGCAAAAUACUUGAGAGACUCUGGGUUCUAGUUGCUAGGCAGACUGUUAAGUAUUAGGGAAAAUUGCUAUUAAACUUUCCUGGCAGAAAGCUACAUUGUGGAAACUUUAUUAGCAAUGCAGGGUGAUGGGGUAUGAACCUGUGUCUCCUUUGUAUCCCUCUGUUGGUGGGGAAAGGUGUUAUUCUUUCUUUAAUUCUGUUCAUCCUUGUUUCCUUGUGUACUCCAGCAUUGGUUAUGGUCAUGGGAAAGGGAAGGUGUCCAUGGAGGGACACUAACUAAGAAAGCUAAUGAACUGGCUUUAUACCUGAGGAGGUCUGACGUUUAAGCUGCCUCUCCCCAUCCACAUAGCAGAUGUCUUCAUCACCACCCUUUUGUGUUCACAGUACUACCACCCUAUAGAUGGCAAUUUAUUUACACAUAUUUUCCCUACUGUCAUGACUCCAGUUACCUUUUUGUUUGUAUGUUAAUCACUGUUGUAUCGACAUUCUGUAUCUGGCACCAUCUGUUGCAACACAAAGAUGAUAUGCAUGAUACAUUGAAGCCUUGGGGGAGAAUCAUGCCAAGUCCAGGCUUUGCUUUGUCUUAGCAGUUAAUGUGACAUUGAGAAUUAAACCAGUUUAAAUUAAAAUAAACAAGGUGCCGAUUGUACAAUCCAGAUUGAUCAAUGCCUCUUCAGCACUUUGAGCAUUUACACAGCUCAUUAGUCUUCCUUUUGUAGAGCAUGGUUGGGAGGGAAAAAGUGCAUGCAUAUCUCUAUUUUCCCUUGUCUUCAUCUUCUCUCUCCUCUCUCUUUUUUUUUAAAUUUCAUCUUCUAUCUAUAUAUACAUUUUUUAAAUACAGUGCCUGGUUUGUUUAACCAAUUUGCCGCUUGGAAACUGUUACAAGUGUUGCUCUAGUUUUGUUGUUGCUCUUCUGUGUAGACUUGCAGAACUUCAUGGUGUCUGAAGCACAUCUUGCUUUUAAAAGGGUAACUGCAAAACUAUGAAAAGGUGCCGAUGCACUUCUCCCCUCACCUCACCACAAUCAUUUUGAAUGACUCCCAAGGGACAUUCCAUCACCGCAAUAGCUCAGGCACAUUUCUUUUUUUGUUCUUUUCUUUUUCUUUUGCCAGCUCCUGUUCUGUAGUUAAACUGUAAAAAGGCUGCCAUCAUGGACUAGAUAUCCCAGUGUAACCAUCUGGAGUGAGUCCGGUUUCAUUUUUUCAUAGGACCAAUUUUGAUUUGCAGCUUGGGUUUUACAUGGAAGUGCAUUGUCACUGUCGACAGAACUACCACCUUCAGCUAUACAGGUAGCCUAGACUGACAUUGGUUUGUUAGAACAUUAACUGGGAAAUAAGACAAGCUGCUCCGAUACCAUUGUAUAUUUUCGAAGGCUAGUAGUUAUAAAACAGUCCAAAUAACUACAAUUUCAGAUCUGAUCUUCAUUUGGCCUGUCAUGCCAUUGCUGCAGAAAUUCUGGAGUAAACUGCCUUGUGCACUAGUCAUUUGAAACACAUGUAACCAAAUUGUCAGUUUGAGCACGGUACUAACUUGUAUGUCCAUUUUAAGAGAGAACUGCAGAACUCUGUAUACAAAGAGAAAAUGGAAGAUGAUCUUGGUUGGAAUAACUGAGUUGGCUGUCUUGUGAUAAAUUUUAAUGUGUAUUCUGUGCCAUACUAAUGUUAAAAAAACAGAAUUGUUGCUAUUGUGAGAUGGAUUUUAACUGACAAGAAUGAAUUCUUCUGAAUGGCACUACUCUAGGGACACUAGUAUUUGCUUCUAUUGUUCGGGCCUUGUGGAUAAUGUACAGAUUUUAAAAAAACAAAUUCUUGUUGCUGAUUUGUCCAUUUGAUUUCCCUGCACUUUGUUACAUCUGGGAUACAGUCUAACUCAUCUGAUUUAAUAUGCAUUUCAAAAAAUGCCAUAACUAUUAAACACCUUGUUUACAGACAGAUGAAAUAAAUUUAUUCCAACCAAA